AUUUCCUUUCUUCUUUACGGCACCACCGGUGCUGAGAAAAAACCCGAGUGGAAGGUGGAGGCGAGAUUAGCCUGUGUGGCUGUGAGGACUUCAUACAGCAGAAGAAGACUGUUCGGGGUUUUGUUGUUCGUAAAGCUUACAUGAACGCGUUAGGAGGUAUAGAGGGAACUACAUAUCGUGGCAGUAAGGUGCCUGCUAAGGUAGAAAUCUACUUUUUUCUGGGCUCUUCAUGUGAAGGAAGCUAACAGCAGCAGCAGUCUCCUCUCACCGUGUCGCCUCUCCACUCCUGCUGAUCGGUCUCCACACUCACUUUGCCCACUCUCUCACGACCAUGCCUAUUCAGUUGACCAGUCAGGCUUACUGUAAAAUGCUUUUACAUGCUGCCAAGUAUCCACACUGCGCCGUGAACGGGCUCCUGGUGGCGGAAAAGACGAAGGAGAAGAAGAAAGACAGUCACGCUGAUCCAGUCUUAUGCGUGGACUGUGUGCCCCUGUUUCACGGUACUCUCGCUCUUGCUCCAAUGCUGGAAGUGGCUUUAACAUUGGUGAGUGUUAUUCAGUAACCACUGUGUACAAUUCAUAUUGCCUUAUUUGAAAUAAGGAGCCAUGGAAGAUACAAGUUGAGCCAUUUGUAGAUGAAUUAUAACAUGUAAUAAUAAUCAUGUAGUCUACUGGUUGUGCUGCUGCUGGAUAAAUAAACUUUAAUGUCCAUCUUUACAGAAGAUCUCCUUUGACAAGACUCAACCAAUAAACACAUUUAAACCACAUACAAAGGGUGCAUAAGAUAGACUGGUUGACACAGCUGGUCAUGUGUAGGUGCAGUUAAGAUUAUCCAGGUGGGAGUAAUGCAGAGGAAAUGAAGGAUUUCUCAUGGCUGAUUUCUUAGGUAAUAAAAGCAGGUGUUUUAGCUAUGCCUGUUGACUCAACUGAUGGACAAGUUGUGCUCAGAGAUUGUAACUCUUAAGGAGUGUGUGUUCACUGAGAGGAUAAGGAGGAGGCAAGGUCACUGUGAUACUGAAACUAUACAAGGUCUGAAGGAACAAAUUGAAUAGGAUGAGACCAAAUGCAGGUGUCUAUUGUCUGUUGACCAUAUUCAGAAAUGACGACAAAGACAUAAUCAGACUAAGAAAGUGAGGAUUGAAGUCUCUGAAAGUGGUUGUGCUCCACUCUUGCAAGAACAACAUUUACCUUUGUUAUAUAUCCUGAAAUCUUGUUUCUGCCCUCUUGUCAUUUUCAUCAAUUUAUAACGUCAUGUCAGAGUAAGUUGGCCUGACAUUUGCUGUGCUGUUUUUCUGUCCUCAUAUGCUGUCCUCCUGUUUCAAUUCCAGAUCGAUACUUGGUGUAAAGAAAAUAACUACAUCAUUGCUGCAUAUUAUCAAGCCAACGAACGCACAAAGGAUUCAAGGUAAAAAGAAUCACACAAAAAACACAACACUAUGUCUUUAGAGGAAUAAAUAUUGUUAAUCGCAUCUCUUACUCUUCUGGACUCACGAACUACAUUUGAUAUCCUUUAUUUUUCUUUUCCAGACCCAACCAAUUUGCUGAAAAAGUUGCUGCCAGGAUUUCUGAGAACUUCAGUGAAGCAGCAAUUGUUAUGGUAACAGUAGAGCGUCGAGGCGAAGGCUGGUGCAGAUGGAGUGAAAUGGUUGUUUACAUUUUCCCAGAUUUGCUUACAUCACAAAGUGGCUGAUGGUGUGCCACUGAAGGGUCAGCAGCAUGUGUCCAACACCACUCUAAUAUAUGUGGAUUUGGAAAGUGGGCCACCAGUCAAAGGGCCCCUGUAGAGUAGGAGACCACUCUUGGACAGUCACACCAUCAAUGGCUCACCUGCAUGAUGCACAUGAUAUUUAAUAAAAGCAUAUUUAUGACUGUAAAAGUAUAGAUAUUUUGAUUUUAUGUAUACGGUAGUGCUACUGAGAGAUAAAAGUGAAGAUAUGCAGAAGUCUCUCUCAUCCGUCUGUCAUGUGUAUUGAUUGCAUAGUUGUUUGUAACCUUUGUGCUGACAGAAAAGUAAUUUCAAAGCUUUAUCCUUGCUGAUAUAACCAGUAAGCUCAGAGCUAAGCUUAUGUCAGCAGAGCUACUGUUGCCUGUCAGAGUCAUAAAUAUGUCUGGGGAAAUUGGCUUAUGCUGACUUCGUAGAAAUAGGUUGGCUAUUCAAAGUAUAAACUCAAUGCAGAGGUUUUUAUUGUGCAGUGAGGGAUUUCGAUCAGUCAGUCUAAGGAACAGCACACGCUGCUGAAGUACUUACCAUCAGCCACUCUUUGAGUUCACCAUCACUCCAGCAUCCUUGAAGUUAACCCAACGCUGUAUGAAUACUAAACUGCUAACUAACAUUCUGCAUUUAUCUUCAUAUUUGUUCACACUUAGAAGAGCAGCUGUUCAGUAAAAUAAUUUGAGACUAAAUAAAAAGCUUUAAGCACAGUAUAGCCUCACUGUCUCCAGGUUUUAAAGUUUACAGAAUAAUAACUUCUUUUUAUCCCAAAACUUAUCUACCGUUUUCAAACAAUUCAAGACAGGUCUGUCAGAAUAAAAUUGAUUCUUACCAAGAUUAUAAAGUUUAAAGAGUUAGAACAUAACUUUCAUCAUUAUUCUUUUUUUCUUCCUUCAGGUGGACAGCGGCAGAUUGACAAUGAGCUGUUUUGAACCCAUCGUCUUUAUCUAUGAUCAUCAUGAAAACAAGUGGAAGUGCAGAGAAGUUACUGUGUAAGUGACCCACAUGUUCCUCAUUUACUCACUUAUUCAAUGCGUUGGGAAAAAAAAAAAAGGCAUCAAUCAUGUCAAAAAUGUUUUCCAUGUGAGUUGACAGUCUGUUUGUUUGUCCCAGUGAAUGUUUCGAGGACUGGAGUGAAGCACAAAAGAUCACAUCUUCUCUGCUGGAGGGCAGGUCCUACGAGAACUUGAUUGACUUUGACAAUCACUUGGAUGAUCUGAGAAAUGACUGGACCAACCCUGUGAUCAACAAAUCCGUCCUGGACCUGUGCUAAAGCCUUCAAAUAGGUUUACCUUAGACAUACACUCAAAUAUUGCUGCCAUCUCAGCAUGCAUGAUGCUACUUAUCGUGUAGCAGAGGAGUACAGAAAUGCUGAACUCAUAGUCUUUGUUCCGUUAAAAGGCUCCUUGUACUGAUGGAGACUUGUGGAGCAUUGACCUAUAAGGCCAAAAUCUCUCAAGGGCAAUUAACCGCCAUACGUGCACUGUUGGCAUGUGUCCACCUUUACAAGGUGAAGUUGAGGUGAUAAGAGGCUGUUAUGUUUAUGAAUGCAACUUCAAUGUUUUUUUUUUUUUUCUGCAAUGGUUUGUGUUUAUUCAUAGUUUUGUGCAUAAAGUUUGAUUCUAGAGUAUUUGAUCUAUUUUUCCUCUUAAAUUUUAUAGCCAUUAGCCAUACAGAGAUCAAGCUCUAAAUUACUAAAAGAUUUAGGUGAUGAUUGUACGACUGAGAUAUAAUAUAAAACAUGUUCGUAAUAAAAGUUCUAGUUUACAACAAAACAAAAUUCACAUGUGGAACUGUGGUCUGAAGAGAUAUGUUAGGUUAGUCUGAAAACACUCCUAAGAUAAUGAGGAUGAGAUGGGAAUCUCUGUGGUUUUAUCCCAUCAGACUGUAUCACACGUCAUCCUCAAUACUUCUGAAGACGCACCAGCAAUGACAACAUAAUGAUUGACUCGAGAGCUUCAACUUCGAGGCCUCAUGCUUACACAAACAUGUCCAUGAUGCUCGUCUUUCAAUGUUAGUGUUGCUGGUGCACCUCAGGGUGUCAUCUGUGGUAACAUUUACUUUUGAUCGUUUGUUUGGGAGACUUGUUCAGAAGAAUAAGAAAAUGAAUCAGAGUGCAGGUGUGUGGAUUUUGUUUUAGAAAUUAGUGAAAUGUAUUUAUUUAUACAUAAAUGACCUCUCUAAAAUGUACUAUUUAAUAAAUGAUGUAAAACAUUGAAUUACUUAAUGUGAAGAUACAAAACUACCUUUGUACUUGAGAUUAGAGUUUAAUCAGCAAGAGCUAAUUACUUAUUGUGUGGCACCACAUUUUUUACUGAAAUUUUAUGAACUGAAUGUACAAUGAAACCAUCUUUCUAAAAUA